GAGCCAACGGUAUAGCUAGACAAAUUUGAGCCAUGGCUUCCAGCUCUAGCUGUAGGACAUGUCAUUGCUUGCUUGCUCUCUUCCUCCUCUUCUCGGCGGCCUACGGGCAGCUCUCGCCGUCGUUCUAUGCGAAGACCUGCCCUAGGCUGGAACUGGUCGUGCGCUCCACCAUGACCAAGGCACUCCUCGCCGAUCGGCGAAUGGGGGCGUCUCUCCUCAGGCUCUACUUCCAUGACUGCUUUGUUCAAGGCUGCGACGGGUCCAUUCUCUUGGAUGACGUGGGUAGCUUCGUGGGCGAGAAGACUGCCUUUCCGAACGUGAACUCGGUGCGGGGCUACGAGGUGAUCGACCAGAUCAAGAAGAACGUGGAGCUGGUCUGCCCUGGUGUCGUCUCCUGCGCCGACAUCACCGCCCUUGCAGCAAGGGACGGCGUGUUUCUGCUAGGCGGACCCAGCUGGAAGGUGCCGCUCGGCCAGCGGGACUCGACGACGGCCAACCUGAAUGAGGCCAACAGCGACCUCUCGGUGACCAGCUUAAGCCUUGACGUGCUCCUCGCCUCGUUCGCCAAGAAAAACCUGAGCCCGCGGGACCUGACGGCGCUGUUGGGCGCGCACACCAUUGGCUUCUCGCAGUGCGUCAACUUCCGCGACCACAUCUACAACGGCACCGACAUCGAUCCGGCGUUCGCCACGCUGCGCAAGCGCAGCUGCCCCGCCCAAGCCCCCAACGGCGACAGCAAUCUCGCGCCGUUAGACGUGCAGACGCAGCUCGUAUUCGACAACGCCUACUACCACAACCUGGUAGCCAAGCGCGGCCUGCUGAGCACCGACCAGUUGCUCUUCAACGGCGGCUCCCAGGACGCGCUGGUGCGCCAGUACGCCGCCAACCCGAAGCUUUUCGAGUCCGACUUCGUGACGGCCAUGAUCAAGAUGGGGAGCCUCAGCCCGCCCAGCGGAACCCCCACCCAGAUUAGACGCAACUGCAGGGUGGUCAACAGCUAG